CUUGUCUUCUCUUUUGCAGGCUCUCCUUCGCACUCGCUUAGCUAUCUCUUCACGGUGGUAUCAGAGCCUGGCCCGGACCUGCCCCAGUUCAUGGUCAGCGGCCACUUUGACGGACAGCUUUUUGCUUUCUAUGACAGCGAGAGGCGGAGUGGGGUCCCCCGGACGGAGUGGAUGGUGGAGAUGGCGGAACUGGACCCCGGAUACUGGGACUGGCUGAACCGGAACGCGAGGAAUGCGGAGCAGAUCUUCAAGUGGCAGAUGGGCACCGUGAUGCGCCACUACAACCACAGCGGAGGGCUUCACACCAUACAGUGGGUUUUCAGCUGCACCUUGAGUGAAGACGGGCUCAAGGGAGGGUCCAAUAAGUUCAGUUACGACGGGAGGGAGGCCCUGAGCUUCGACAAGGAGACCCUGCGUUGGACGGCCAGCGACUCCGUGGCCGAGGGCUACAAAGAGAAGUGGGAGACCGAAGCCGGGCGGACCCAGCGCUCCAAGGUCUACCUGGAGGAGAAGUGCAUCUCCAUGCUGCGCAAACACCUGGAAGUGGGGAAGAAGGCGGCCAGGAAGAGAGUGGCCCCAUCCGUGAAGGUGACCCACAAGCCGGCCAUCGGAGGCCUGGAGACUCUGGUCUGCCACAUCCAUGGCUUCUACCCGAAGGACAUUGAUGCCACGUGGAGGAAGGACGAGGAGGUCCAGGAGCAGGAAACCCUCCGGGGAAAUGUCAUCCCGAACUCAGAUGGGACCUAUAAUACCUGGAUCAGCAUUGAGGUCGACACGAAGGACAGGGACAAGUACCAGUGCCACGUGGAACACGACAGCCUGCCGGAAGGGCCAGGAUCCGAUCUGCAUUUCCCUGUGGAGAUCUGUGGCGCUCCGAUUCUUCCCUGGAUCAUUGUGGGAAGCGUCUUGGCGUUCAUCCUGAUCCUGGUGUUGGUUUUCAUCAUCCUCAAAAUGCGAAGCAGCCAAAACCCUCCAGCGACGAAUUCUGAAAGGCAGGAGAUGAAUCCUCCCCAAAGGAGACGACGUAUUUGCAGCUCCGAUGCAGAAUGACGAUGGUUACAGAAGCUCUCCGAAGCAUCCCAGAACAAAGACUAUUGGGACUGGGAGUUGCACUGGGCUUCCAGAGGAGAUCAAAGGACCACAUCGUCGGCGUAGAUUCAUAGUUGUUGGAAACAGUCCUCCAAAAGUGAUCAUCCUUGGGUUUGAAUGAAAGUUCUGGUUGGGCUCCUCUCUCCUGUGCCAGUCACACUCUGUUUAUAUGAAGGAUCUCAGAUGUGUAAAGUAAUAAUAAUAACAACAAUAAUACUUUAUUUAUCUUCCGCCCUAUCUCCCCAAGGAGACUCAGGGCUAAUCACAGUACACAUACACAGCAAACAUGCAAUUCCAUUUUGGAUAGACAGGACAGAAACAGAAAGAACAGAAAGGAGGUAUGUUGUGGGUUUUUGUAGGUUUUUUCGGGCUAUAUGGCCAUGGUCUAGAGGCAUUCUCUCCUGACGUUUCACCUGCAUCUAUGGCAAGCAUCCUCAGAGGUAGUGAGGUCUGUUGGAACUAGGCAAAAGGGUUUAUAUAUCUGUGGAAUGACCAGGGUGGGACAAAGGACUCUUGUCUGUUGGACCUAGGUGUGAAUGUUUCAACUGAUCACCUUGAUUAGCAUUUGAUGGCCUGGCAGUGCCUGGAGCAAUCUUUUGUUGAGAGGUGAUUAGAUGUCCUUGUUUGUUUCGUCUCUGCUGUUGUGCUGAGGUAUGUUGUGUUGACGUCCUGCUUUUUUUUUGGCACCUUGGAGGUUGUGGUCAAAUCUAGCCACAGACGGGUGCUGUUGCUCCAUCCUCUAUGACAAAGAGCCAUCUGGACUUCCUCCUUCCUUUUGCUCACUGGGCAUUUUCUGAUCUUUUUUCUUUAUAGUUUUGUAAAACAUCUCCCCCACUUGUUUUAGCAGUACCUAAUUUCUCUACUUACAGCUUGAGCCGUUUUCGAACUGCUUAGGUAAACAGUGAACUGGGCUGACAAUCGGGUGCUCAUGCCGACCUGGGGCUUCGAACUUGCAACCUUUUUGUUGGUAUAUCUUAUGAUUUACUAGCUGUGCUAAAGCUCUUGCCAAAGGAAAUUUUACAAGAAAGAGAUAGUGAAAGAAUGGGUUAAACAGAGGGGAGAAGUGAGUGAGAAGAGUGAUGAGUGAAGGAAUUUGAAAGAGACGAGAUGUGGAUAAAGGUGAAGAGAGAUUGAAAUGACUUGACAGAGAUGAGAGGAGGGGAAAUUGUGCAGAAGAGUGUUUUGAAAAAGAUUGUUUGGCUUUGGAAGAAAGAGAAAGAAAGGAGAAACACUAAAUUAAAGUAUGGAGUUGAGGAGGGAAAAAUACAGACAGGAAAGAGGGAAAAGGCUUGAUGGCAUGUGUGUUUGUUUGUGUCAAUCUGACACUAUAAAACCCAUCAGGCAGGAUGGUCUAGUGUGGUACUCUGUUUUUGUAAUUUGUAACCACCCCUUUGUAUUUUCUGCAGAUUACACUAUUGUAUUUUUUAAUGUCAUUUCUAUUUUCUGAUUGAGAAUAGACAUUCAAAAUAUUUGG